UGUGAAUAAUGGCAUCUCAUGUGGUGAUAAUAUUAUUAUUGCUAGUAACAUCAAUUCCUUUAUCGUUAUCACUGCAGCCUGAUUCAACAAAAGGAAAAUGGAAGCUUUUAAAGAGUAGCAUUGGUGUUUCCGCAAUGCAUAUGGCAUUGUUACCAAAUGAUCGAAUUAUAACAUUCGAUAGGACUGAUUUCGGUCCAUCUAAUAUUACCUUUCCAGCCGAAAAAUGCCCUCCAAAUAUGGAUUGUUAUGCACAUUCGGUCGAAUUCUAUCCUGCUAAACGUGGCGUUCGUCCUCUCACUAUUUUGUCAGAUACUUGGUGUUCUUCGGGCUCUUUGUUGCCUGAUGGUGUGUUGAUUCAGUCUGGUGGCAAUAACGAAGGGGAACGUGUCGUUAGGACGUUUAGUCCUUGUGACGAUUGUGAUUGGGUUGAGAAUCGAAACGGGCUGGUUUCUCCUAGAUGGUAUGCUUCCAACCAGUUGUUACCGGACGGAAAAGUCAUCGUUGUUGGUGGUCGACGUCAGUUUACGUACGAGUUCAUCCCUAAGGGCCCCAAUUCCGUGCAAUAUAACCUCCCGUUUCUUGAAGAGACAUUAAGAUCCGACCCAUUUCCAAACAAUCUCUACCCGUUUAUCCAUCUCAAUACCGAUGGAAAUCUUUUUGUUUUCGCGAACGACCGAGCCAUAUUACUAGAUUACAAGCAUAACAAGGUGGUACGGAAGUAUCCGGUGAUGCCCGGUGGAGUAGCUCGUAACUACCCAAGUACGGGUUCGUCGGUAUUGCUUCCGUUAAUUCUUUCCGGAACCACGAAAACCAUCCCGCCUGUGGCAGAGGUACUUGUUUGUGGCGGAACAGUCCCGGACGCUAUUGAUAAAGCUUUUGCUAAUGUGUUUGUUGAAGCGACCAAAAGUUGCGGACGGUUGAGAUUGAAUGAUGAAGUUCCGGAAUGGGAAAUGACGGAAAUGCCCUUGAGCCGAAUAAUGGGGGAUAUGUUAUUGUUACAUACAGGUGAUGUUCUGAUUAUAAAUGGGGCGGGGGCGGGGGCCGCGGGGUGGGACCUAGCUAGAGAACCGGUACUGUAUCCAGUUUUAUACGAGUCGGGUUCAAAAAUGUUUCAGAAAAUGAACCCGACAACAAUACCCCGGAUGUACCAUUCGAGCGCUCAUUUACUAUCUGAUGGUCGUGUUAUUGUUGGUGGUAGCAAUCCGAAUUCUAACUAUAAUUUUUCGGCGCUUUUUCCAACUGAGCUUAGUGUUGAAUCUUUUUCGCCCCCGUAUUUACUUGGUCCAAAACUAAGACCUAACAUAACCGGGAUCAAAACUGGAGUAAACUUGGUGUAUGGACAAGAAAUUGUUUUUAAUUUUCGGUUUAAAGGAAAUGGGAGAGAAUUUGAAAACGAGAAAGUUUAUGUGACGAUGAUGGCACCUUCUUUUACCACACAUUCGUUUUCCAUGAACCAAAGGUUGUUGGUACUCGAAGUGGUGGAUAUACGACCAAAGUUUUCCGAGAAUUAUGUUGUGACUUGUUUAGCUCCAACAACUGCUGAGGUGGCACCACCGGGGUAUUAUCAGUUGUCGAUUGUAUACGAUGGAGUUCCUAGUAGAACUAAAUGGGUACGUAUUGGUAAUUGAUCGAUUAAUUCGUUUGUUGGUAACUUAAUAAGGUUAAAUGUUACAAUUAUAAGGUUGUAUUACUUGCAAGCUCGUACAAAUGUCAUUAAAAUGUGGUGGCAUUUCCUUUCUUCUUUCUUUUUUUCUUAAUUACUUUAAUUUUUGUCGGGUAAACUCGAUGUUAAGUAUGAUUGUGGGAUUCAUUUCAUUUGUUAUAUAUGUUUUGUUUGAUUGAAUAA